GACAGUAUUUAUUAGCAGAUAGGCCUAUCACAAACUAAUCUGUGUAACAUGAAGGUGUGUGUGUGUAUGUACGAGACCACCAACUGUAAAGUGGGGUGUGUGUGUGGGGGAUGGUCAAUGGUGCUAUUAGAGCAUGGAAUGGGUUGCCUGAGCCAACCAGGAAAACCAAUGACCUUGCAUAAAGCACUCUACCAUGUACAGAAAGUCUAAGCCUAUAGUCUUGUGCACAGGAAACAAGAAUAAGUUGAAAGAAAUUGUAGAGAUAUUUGGAGAAAAUUUUCCCUACAAGGUGGAUAACCAGGAUAUUGACCUCCCAGAAUACCAAGGUGAACCGGAAGAUAUUGCCAGAGCCAAAUGUGAGUUAGCUGCAGAGCACAUACGAGGGCCAGUGCUAGUUGAAGAUGUUAGCCUGUGCUUUAAUGCCUUAGGAGGAAUGCCAGGGCCAUAUAUCAAAUGGUUCUUAGGGAAGUGUGGCACUGCAGGUCUCUAUAAAAUGCUUGAUGGUUUCGAAGACAAAACAGCUUAUGCGCAGUGUAUAUUUGCCUACAGCUCAGGAGAGAAAGAAUCUACUGUUAAAAUAUUUGAUGGUCGCUGUGAAGGAAUUAUUGUUCCUCCACGGGGUCCUACAAACUUUGGUUGGGAUCCUAUUUUCCAGCCUAAUGGCUAUUCUGAAACCUUUGCAGAAAUGUCCAUUGAUGUCAAGAAUACAAUCUCCCAUCGCUCAAAUGCCAUACAGAAAGUAAAAGAUUUUCUUUUGCAAGGAAAUCAUUGAUGUUGGAUUAAUUUAGCAAAAUAUAGACAGCCCUAAAAACUGCAAAGGAAAAUACUGAAAUGUCAAAAACCUCAUUGACACUAGAUCCAAAGUACAAGCACUGAAGCUCAAGAUUAUAAAACUUUAGAAGAAUCAAUUUUUUAUUUAACAAGUCAAGCAAAGUCUUAUUAAAAUUCUUAAAUGGCAAAAUGUCUUUUUUUUUAUAUAGCAUGUGAUUGGUUAUCUGAACUUUUCUUGAAUAAGUAGAUUAACAAACAAGUGUAACAUACCUUAAUGUUUUAUGUUAAAGGAAUAUAUAUAUAUAUAGAUUUAGAUAUAGAUAGUGAAAUAGUAAAUCAUUUUAAAAGAUGCUUACAUACUUUUUUUUUUUGUAUUUCUUUUUGAAUGAAAAAUUCUUAUUUCAUAUGCCAGGUUGAAUUCUAAAAAUUAUUAAAAGUGCUCUCUCUUCCCAAGUUCUAUUAGAACAUGAGAUGGGUUGCCUGAAUCAGCCAGUUAAAACCAAUGACUUGGUCUCUUAUUAACAUGCACCACUAGAUUAAGAGAUGAAUAUGCAUAAUAAUCUUCUUUUUUUGAAGGAAUGUCUGUAAGUUAUAAGAUAAGAAUGCAGUGAUGUGUGUGCAAGGGACUCUGUUUUAAAUUGUGAUAGUUGAUAUAGUUGAUAGUAUCAGAGAAAUUGAAAAUAUUUAUUUGUAAUAAACAUUGAAUGUUUACUUUGUAUGUAAGGUAUUUUCAGUUGUUCAUCAUUAAUACAUUGAUAAAUUCUUUACAUUUAGUAAAAAUAA